UCUUCACACUUCAUGGAAUAAAAGUUUAGGAAUAACAAAAAUGACAUUGUAAGUGGUUAUAUUAUAGUAUAAAUAUGUGGGAUUUUAAAUAGCACUUCAUUCACCGACACCCACUGAGAAACUUGAACCUUCCAAUGAUUCUUCCCUCCCAAUCUUUCAAUUCUAGAUUCUAUAAUAAGCUCUCACUUUUUGCUUCCAUUGCUGCCACUUUUCUACUCCCAAAACCUUAUCUAUAUACACAAAGUUAUAUGCCCGUUGUUUCUAUUAUCUAAAGAUCUUCAGUUUCUGUGUGUAUAUAGUUAAUAAUGUAAGGGGGUGAGUAACUGGUAUUUCGAUGAAGAUGGGAUUGAUUUGGUUCGAAGCAAUGGCGAAAAGGGUUCCUAAAACGAUGUUCUUUGGUCUCCAAAUGUCAAUAGUUUUACUCGUGGGUGGAAACCACACCUCCUCCAGGUUCUGUACUCGCUAAUUUCUUUAGUUUCUGUUUCACUUUGGCUUAAUUUCUUGUUAGUUUUCACCAUAUCUGUGUGAGAUAUCACAGCUAGCUUUCUUGAUUUGAGAAAUUCCCAAGGCCUGAAAGCUUUUAGUUGAAAGAAAGAAAUGAAUUUGAAGGACUUGAAAUUGCAAAUUCUUCGUUCGUUCAUGAGGCGCUUGCUCCUCAAAAUAUUCAUGUUUUGGGCUGCUCUGAUUGCCAUUUCGUUUCUUCAAAUUGCCACUGAGCUUCGAAAGCCUGAGCUCUUUGGGUUGAAUCCUUAUUUCAAUUUCACCCUGCUUCCCAAUCCCAUAUACAUUCCUCUGUUUGGGAUGUCUGUUGCUUCGCGCAUUGAGAACAAAAAUUUGACAAAGAAUGUGUUUAUGGAGGUGAUUGGGAAUGGUUUCUUGGAUUCAAAUGCUAAGGCGUUGUGCGUUGGGGAAGGCGCUGAUGCAGCCGUGUUGGCAUUGCAGGAAUUAGGAUUCUCUGAUGUUUUUGGCAUCAAUGUACACCCAUCUUUCUCCCUUUUGAGGAAGAAAUUUGUGUAUGAGAUAGAGUUUGAGGAUAAUUGUUUCGAUUUUGUGUUCUCUAGAGCUCUUGAUAGGGUUUCUGUGCCAGCUCUUCUUGUGCUGGAGAUGGAGCGCGUUCUAAGUCCAGGAGGCACCGGUGCUAUGCUUGUUGGUGCCAGCAAUUUCUACUCGGCUGCUAACUUGGUUAGGUUAGCCACUCCUGUUUCGUCGUUCUUGAAGAGCUCUGAUGUUGUGCAUGUAUGCAAUGUUGGCUCCCUUACUCUUGUGUUGUUCAAAAAACGAAUCGAAGGUGCUGUGUCCUUUGAGCAGUUUCGGCUUCCUGAUCAUUGCCCUGCACUUGUGAACAACAAAGCCAUCAUGUGCCACAUUGAACCUCUUGCCAACAAAAAGAGUGCACGAUUUAGACCAAAAAUCUCUUACCUGCCCGGUUUCAUGAAUAUCUCAUCAAGAAACAGACUAGUCUACUUGAAUGUUGGUGCGGGGGAAUUUGUGGAAACCACUGUUAAAACAGUGCUAAAGCCUCAUUACCCUAUUUCCCACUUGGAUGUUUUCGUCGUUGAUCACAAUGUCUCUGCCCUCACUUCGUAUGUAAAGACUCCCGGUGUCACAUUUGUUUAUCAUCCAACACUGUCAGGAAAGGAGGUUUCUUUGCCCAGUGAUGAUGAGGAAUUUGUUGGUGCGCCAAUGGAUGAAGAAAAAGGGUUUGAUUUUGCUCAGUGGUUCGGAGAAACUGUAAGCGAGGGAGACUUCGUUGUCCUCAUGAUGAAUGCUGGAGAAGCAGAGCUGCAGAUUCUUCGCGACUUGUUCAAAACUGGAUUGAUCUGUCGUGUUGAUGAACUCUUCCUUCGCUGCUCAGACACUGCAGGGCAGGGAGACUGCACCAGCCUACUAAGGAGCCUCAGAAACAGCGGCGUCUUUGCUCAUCGCUGGUGGGGAGAUUAGACAUCGUGUUUAGUUGUGUGAUCCCCUGAUAUCUUAACCCAACUUCUUGCUUCAGUUUUGUUGGGUAGGGUUGGUGAAAAGUCAAGUCCAGGUGGCAUCCUAAUAAGUUUAUUGUGAGAAAUAAUGUGAGGGAUAUAAUGUAGAUUCAAUAUGUAAUGUACCACCCUCUUCUGUUGAAGUGUAUCUCAUAUAGUACACAAAAGUUGCAGUGUGUGUGUAAGUUCCUUGAUCUUACAUGCUGCAAACCUGCAAUUGAUAUUGUGUAUUGCUAUUUUCAGUAUUUUGCUGUUUUUGGCAUAACUUGUUACAUGUUGUGUUUGGUGCAAUCUCAGGUAAUGUCUCCAAAUAAAGCAAUAGUAUCUCCAAAUAAAGCUCACAUUGCAAAGAAA